AAUAAUAUACUGGGUUAGUGGAAGAAAAAAGAAGACGGAUUCCUAGCUUCUCGAAUCACAGGUGCCACAUGAUAUAGAAACCACACACUUUUUUGAUGUGCCACAUGGGUCGGAUGGUCACUUUACCGAUGAGAUGUGACAAUGCAGUGAACCCUAAAAAGACUGAGCCAGUUCAGACUCUGCUAUUGCCUCAUUUGACACUUAUUUCAAAGCCCGAAUCUAUCUGGGCUCUGGCGCUCUGGCAGUGACGUGUGACACACACACACACUCGCUCGACCUAAUUCAGCAUAACCAGUUUGGGAACGGAAGUCGCUCCACCCGUUCACUCCGACCCGAAAGUUAUGGAAUCGUUAGUGGAAGCUUCAAGUCAAGAACUUGCUACACAAAUACAUCCAGACCGAGCAGUACAGUCGUCGCUGAAUCGAUGGCACGAUCAAACGUUACAGUGCAGACAACGGAUAGAGGAGACAGCGGCCGGUGUAGUUAAGACGCGUGCGGAAACAGACGAGGUACAAGCGGCUGUACAAUUACUGCGUGAUAAAAUGCAGCAGCUGCAGGAAACGUUUGACGAGAUUGAUCAAAUCGAGGCGAUUGUCAACACUGUCAAAGAGACUUAUAAUGAGGUGGCGGCCAGUGUUGAAGCGGUUGAAAAAGCCGUCGCGGCCAGCCAUCGUACCAAACCUCUGUUCCAACUCCCUAUAGCCACCCGAUCUGCCACGCCCGAUAUUCCCGUUCAACCCUACUUUCCACCACCACCACCUGUUCAAAUCUAUCACACAGACGAUUUAUUCAAUUCGAGUAAUAAACCAGCCUGAUACACGCAUAGGCAGAUACCAAAAAUGGAUUGGGAAGCAUUGACGAGAUCAAAAAACAAAAUCAAGUUGUUUAGG